AUGUUUUAUCAACCACCACAAGCUUUAUCGAUAUUAGAUCAAGCAUAUCAUGAAGCUUGGUCACAAGUUCAACGCAUGCCGCUUGAGUAUUUGGAAAAACUUGACGUUAAUUCAGCUGAAUUGUCUAGCUUUAUCGAAACAUUACUACCAAUUCGAGUAUUACAAAAAAAGCGGCACGAACUUAUCGAACAGAAUCGCCAUUUAGCAAUGAAUAACUUACGAAGAGAAUUGGAGUUGAUAUCGACGCGUGAGAAACUAUCAAAUAGUUUCGUUCAAUUGCAAUCAUUACGUGAAGCAUAUUUGAAAUCUUGCUCAAGCGAACGAGAGCAGAUUUCUUCGCCAACAUUGGUUCUAGUUCAACUUCAAUCCAUUGUUCACUCGUACGAACAUUCCGAUGAUGAGCUGAUCGAUAUGUUUCUACAUACUCGUCAUAAUGAUUAUGAAAUCGAGGUGUUUGUGAAAAAUUUUCUCGAGAAUCGAAAGAAAACAAUCGAACUUCGUUGCAAAACCGAGAAAUUUUUUGAUUUGUAUGAACGUGAAAGACGAAAGAAAUGA